UGUGGGGGUGCGCAAUGGCCAUAAUCCCGCCCCCUCCCCCACAGCCCCAGCCUGCUGACAUUCUCGGGAAAAGAUUGCCAUUGCCCCUUUUGUUACUUCAACCUGAACAAAAUUCUGCUCUGUUCAUAAAUGGAAGAUUCAGCGACGCCAUCAGAAAGCACAUUACGAACGAACUCCCUUCCAAGAUUAAAAAUCGUCUCUAAAAGCAACGCUUCUGCAAAGAUAAUCAAAACAGCAAAACCAGAAUCGAGCACGAAGCGAAGUUGUGAUAAUUGUCGCAAGCGAAAAGUUCGGUGCGAUUCGGUCGGAAAGAACACUUGCAAUCAAUGCCGAAGAUCUGGUGUCGAUUGCCAAUACCUUUGGGAGCCAAAGAAAACGGGACCGCCUACCAAACAGUACACGGAGUCACUCGAAAGACGCAUACAGAUGCUUGAGCAACUUCUGGAAGAAGAACGAAAGAAGAACAACGAAAUAUUUUUUUUAACUGCACCGACAGCAACAUCAGUUGCUGCUCAUCUAAGUGCAGUAGUGGAUCAAGUCGACAAUAUCACCAGCUCUAUCGACAACCUUCUACAAUAUGACCCAGCACUUGAUGCUACCACGACGUGGGAUAUUAAGCGUAUAAAAGACAUCAAUUUCAUCGGCUCAAGCCCUGUACCACCCAUCGGAAUGACUCAAAACUCGGAUCCGAUACGAGCAAUACCCAACCUCACGCCAGAAUUGGCAGAACGCAUGAUGACCGCCUAUUUCGAUCAUCUUCAUCAAAAGUGUGCCAUCCUUGACAAGCGCGCCUUUUUGAUCCAAUACUACUACCAAUAUCCACAGCCUCUCGAAAAACAUCUUUUACAAGCUGUGUGCGCGGUGGGCGCUCAGUUUCUUCCACGGCGACCAGGCUCGACUGAAUUUUCAGUUGUACGGAUGGUGGGACGUCAUUUGCGCGAGAAUGCUAUGAAGGUGAUGGAAGUAGCAUACAAGCGGUCGAGUAUAAGUACGCUUCAGACAUUAGUUCUUAUGGCGCUGCUAGCUCCUAAUUCAGAUUACGGGGAGGGAUCCUCUACCAAUUGGUUGAUCUUGGGCGCGGCAAUACACAUGAGUCUGGACUUGGGUCUCCACUCUGAAGCACUGCAACGUCACUUACCCAAGAGUGAAAUUGAACUAAGGCGACGAUUGGUAUAUAUAAUUUACGCUUUGGAAAAGAUAUCCGCCGCAUCUUCAGAACGACCAUGUACCCUAAAAGACGAGGAUUUCGAUGUUGAGCUUCCAUCACUCUACGAGAUCGAACCGGAAGACCGGCGUUCGAUACAGGAAUACUCAAUAAAUGGUUCGAUCCCCAAACUUUUAGAGGACGUUGAGGCAGAUAUUCGCGAAAAGCGGCAAGUUUACAACAGUUUCUCUGGGAUUAUCGACGUGGCACGGAUGAUCGCCCAUGUCUUGGCGUCGUUCUACGUGGCCAAGCCUGCCUCAAGAGCGAAUAUUGCUCUGAUCUCCAAUGUGGAUGCAUCAAUCAUGACGUGGCAAAUAAACAGGGAAAGCAACUAUACGGAACAUGAGAAAGCUUUACUUCAAAUCCUUUAUAAUGGGUUGUUACUUCUUCGCUACCGCCCGCUAUUUCUGGUUAGACAAAGAACAGGCGUGAUCGAUGAUAAUCAGUCACAGGUGUUGGCUCUUUGCUCUCGAAUAGCUGCCAACAUCAUUGAUUUUGUGGAGGCAUCGCCUGUAUUAGGAGUACCUUGUUUGAAAGACUACAUGGUUGCCCAAUCUGCCUCAAUUUUUCUUAAAAAUUGCAACAAUGAGGAUGACGCCGUCCGCUUACAGGCACGUAGAAAUUUAGCGCGUUGUGCAAAUUUGUACAUGCGGGACGAUAUCGUGAACCAAUGUCAGAAUGCUGUCGUACUCGACGAGCUAGCGAAACAACUGUCGGAGGAAGAGGCCUCCCGACAAAGUAUGCAAAAAGACAUCGAUGCAUCAUUGGAUAGCACGGAUCAUCUGUCUAUGAUAUUCCAGGAUGAGCCAAUCGGUGCCCGUACUAGCUUAAUGUCAAUGCAAGAGCAGCGGCCGAAUGAUCUUGACAUUCAAGCGGAUUUGGUGCAGUUUAUUCUAGACAGUACUCCACAAUGACUAUCCAACUGCGAGAACGAUAUGCUCCAAAAAGAUAUCCACCAAAACACAUACACGCUACACCUUUAAUCAACC